AUGUUAAUUGGAACCUUUCCCCUUCCCACCCGAAUCAAAUGGCUACCCCAGAGAGUUCGUGUUGUCCACAUAUCCCCUACACCCCCACCCGCCACACACAUCACUGCAACUACGGAGAGGCCAUGUAGUACAAAUACCCUCUACCCAACACACACCACUGCAACUGCCCCAGAGAGUCCGUGUAGUCCACAUACCCUACCUCCAUACACCACUGCAGCUACCCCGGCGAAUCCGUGUAGUCACAAAUCCUCUACUUCCUACACACCACUGCAGCUACCCCGGAGAGUCCGUGAAGUCCACAUACCCUCUACUCACCACACACUACUGCACCUACCCCAGAGAGUCCGUGUAGUCCACAUACCCUACCUCCAUACACCACUGCAGCUACCCCGGCGAAUCCGUGUAGUCCACACAUCCUCUACCCUUCACACACCACUGCAGCUACCCCAGAGAGUCCGUGUAGUCCACACACCCUCUACUCCACACACACCACUGCAACUACGGAUAGUCCGUGUAGUACAAAUACCCUCUACCCAACACACACCACUGCAACUUACCCAGAGAGUCCGUGUACUCCACAUACCAUACCUCCAUACACCACUGCAGCUACCCCGGCGAAUCCGUGUAGUCCACACAUUCUCUACUCCCCUCAAACAACUGCAGCUACCCCAGAGAGUCCGUGAAGUCCACAUACCCCCUAUCCACCACACACUACUGCACCUACCCCAGAGAUUCCGUGAAGUCCACACACCCUCUACCCACCACACACUACUGCAGCUACCCCAGAGAGUCCGUGUAGUCCACACACCCUCUACUCCACACACACCACUGCAGCUACCCCGGCGAAUCCGUGUAGUCCACACAUCCUCUACUCCCCUCAAACCACUGCAGCUACCCCAGAGAGUCCGUGAAGUCCACAUACCCCCUACCCACCACACACUACUGCACCUACCCCAGAGAUUCCGUGAAGUCCACACACCCUCUACCCACCACACACUACUGCAGCUACCCCAGAGAGUCCGUGUAGUCCACACACCCUCUACUCCACACACACCACUGCAGCUACCCCAGAGAGUCCGUGUAGUCCACAUACCCUCUACUCCACACACACCACUGCAACUACGGAUAGUCCGUGUAGUCCACAUACCCUCUAUUCCCCACACACCACUGCAGCUACCACGGAGAGUCCGUGUAGUCCCCAUACCCCCCUACACCCCCCACACCACUGCAGCUACCCCGGAGAGUCGGUGUUGUCCACAUACCCCCCUACACCCCCCACACCACUGCAGCUACCCCGGAGAGUCCCUACCCCGGAGAGUCCGUGAAGUCCACAUACCCUCUACACCCCCCCACACACACACAACCAACACUGCACUUACCCCAGAGAGUCCGUGUAGUCCACACACCCCCUACCCACCACACACCACUGCACCUACCCCAGGGAUUCCGUGUAGUCCACACACCCUCUACUCCACACACACCACUGCAGCUACCCCGGAGAGUCCAUGUAGUCCACACACCCCAUACCCACCAUACACUACUGCACCUACCCCAGACAGUCCGUGUAGUCCACACACCCCAUACCCACCAUACACUACUGCACCUACCCCAGAGAGUCCGUGUAGUCCACACACCCCCUACCCACCAUACACUACUGCACCUACCCCAGACAGUCCGUGUAGUCCACACACCCCAUACACUACUGCACCUACCCCAGAGAGUCCGUGUAGUCCACACACCCUCUACUCCACACACACCAACACAGCUACCCCAGAGAGUCCGUGUAGUCCACACACCAUCUACUCCACACACACCACUGCAACUACGGAUAGUCCGUGUAGUACAAAUACCCUCUUCUCCACACACACCACUGCAGCUACCCCGGAGAGUCCAUGUAAUCCACACACCCUCUACUCCACACACACCACUGCAACUACGGAUACUACCCCAGAGAGUCCGUGUAGUCCAAACACCCUCUACUCCACACACACCACUGCAGCUACCCCGGAGAGUCCAUGUAGUCCACAUACCCUCUACUCCACACACACCACUGCAACUACGGAGAGUCCGUGUAGUCCACAUACCCUCUAUUCCCCACACACCACUGCAGCUACCCCGGAGAGUCCGUGUAGUCCCCAUACCCCCUAG